AUGAGAGGUUUCGGCGGGCUGGCGGGCUUCGGCGGGCUGCCCAGCGUGGCAGCGCUGGACGGGUCGCUGAGCGACGUGGGCGCGCGCCGCAAGUACCCGUUCGAGCUGGAGAAGGCCAUCCACAACGUCAUGUUCAUCCAGCACCACAUGCAGCGCCAGGACGAGUUCGACGCGGUAAGCCCGGCUCGAGUACCCCACCUCUGCCACGUGAUCUCUGACACGCCCAUCUGCCCGCAGGAGGACCAAGACUGGGGCUUCGUCGCCAUGGUGCUGGACCGGCUGUUCCUCUGGAUCUUCACCAUCGCGUCCAUCGUGGGCACGUUCGCCAUCCUGUGCGAGGCGCCCUCGCUCUACGACGACACCAAGUCGAUCGAUAUGGAGCUGUCCCUGGUGGCCAAGCACCAGUUCCGCCCCGACCUGGACUUGUAG